AUGGGUGAGCAAGCUUACCAUGGCGCCCAAGUGUGCUCCAGCACCAACCCCAGGAAGUGCCAGGACCUAGGAGACUCGAUUCUUCUGCUUCUGGGCAGCUUCAUCUUGCUCAACGUGGGGAUCAAUGUGGUGACUCUGCUCUGGAGGCAUCUGAAGAGCUCCUUGCGGAUUAUUUUCCGUUACUUUUUCCCCAAAGACAAGCAACACAGCUGUCCGGGAGGCCAUCCCUUGUGUAUGCGGUGCUCCCCGAGUCCCAAGAAUCUGUGCUCGAGAGUCCCCUCCCGCUUCUACCGUCACCCAAGCUACCCGCUUGGGCACCCUACCCACCUUGACUCCUGGAUGCCAGACGUGAAUGACGAGAAGGCUUUUAAGUGCUGUUGGAAGCCCUCUCAGUGUGGACAUGGUGGGGCUCCCAUGGAACUUCCAUGGGGACUGAGCAAGGAGGGGAUGGCAGGAGCAGGGGAGGCCCCACAGGCCCAGAACUUAAAGACCCACACCAACCUUCUCUCCAAACAAGACACGUCUUCCCAACCCACCAGAAUGAGCAAGUUGGAUACGGCUCCGCUCCACCUGCCCCAAGAGAUCAAGACCAAGACCCCAGACUCUGGCCCUGCGCAAGCCAAUGCCCCGUCUUCACCCCCCACUGCUGAGCAGGUCCCCAAGACAAGCCCCCCAACUCAGACCCCUCAGGAUAGCUCCUCGCAAGCCCAGAUCGGCCCCCCAGUCUCUAUUUCUGAUCACAGCACCCCCCAGGCCCAGGUCCACUCCUCCACCCUGGAGCAUCUUCCCACCCAGGCCCAGGGCCAUGAACUCCCCUCGGUUCAGAGAUUGGCCGAGGCCCCAGCUCCUGCCCCCUCAGAUACCUCAGUCCCUGCCCUGGACCACACUCCUGAGAACAUGACAUCCAGUGACCCCGCCCCCGUGGUGGGUGCUGCUCACGCAACUCAUGCCCACACCCAUGUCCAGGUCCCUGCCCCGAAUUUUGCCCCAGUCACUCCCCUAACUUUUGUUCCAGUUGCUACUGUUGCCCCAGCCCCUACACCAGCCCCUGUCCCAGUCCCCACCACAACCCCUGCCACUUCAGUCUCUGCUUCUAUCCCUGUGCCCACCCCCGGCCCCAUCUCAGCUCCUAACCCUGCAACCUUCAACCAUGGCCUCUCCACUGGUCAUGUGGUUUAUGAUGCCCGAAGGAUCAAGCAAAACUUAUUCCAGGUUUAUCCCCCCCAGCACUCUGGUUUCCCCAGAAAAGACCUAGGAGCCCUCAUCAUGUCCCAGGAGGGGCAGCGCCUGUUGAACUCUGAUACACCUGGGCAAGCCUCAAAGUCAAGUGAUGGAGAGAGUGCCAAGACUUCUGUGGGAUCCAUACUGGGUUACCUGGAGCUGGGAAAUAUGGAAUGGAAGCUCUCAAAUGAUGUUGAAGACAGGUUCUCACAGUCCAAAUCAUUUCCUUACUGCAGCUUCCAUCCUUGCAGUUCUGAAGGAAAAAAUACAGACCCCCAGGCUUCAGUCUGUCCCAAAUUCCUGGUCUAUUCGAAGGAUGCAGCGCCCUCCCAGCCUUGCUUUCAUUCUCCAACCAGCACUUGUAACUCACAGUGCAUACCACCACCAUGCACUCUUUCUCUACCACUUGCUUCCCCUCGAUCCUUUGUUUUUGAUCAUCCCAGCAACCACUUGAUGCCUACCCUAAAUACUUCUGUCAUUCUCACAGCUUCCAAGUCUCCUACGUCCAAUUCUGCUCCCCAGUGCCCCAACCCUCCCCAGCUUUCCACUAUUUCCCAAGAUCAGCCUCCCAAACUUCAUGAAAGUCUAUAUUUCACCCAAGACUCUGGACACCACAAGACCCCAGACCCUUCAAAAGAGUCUAUAGUUCCCAGGAAAUCAUGCCUUAGUCAAAACGUAGGCUUCCAUAGAAAUGCAAGUCUUUGCAAAGGCCUGGUUAUUUCUCAAGACUCUGAACUUCACAAGAACCCAAUCAUUAAUGAAGCUUUGGGCCCCCCAAAGAAUUCGGAUCUUACAAAAGAGGCUGAUAUGUUUAGGAAUCCAAGCCUCACCCAACCAUCCGACCUCCAUGAGAACAUACCAUUUCCAAAACAAUCUAACAUUCAGAACGGCCCAGAUUUUACGCAAGAUUCAAGAGUCUAUAUAAAUCUAGAACAAAACCAAAAGACUAUCAUCUAUAAAAAUCAAGAUGUCUCCCAAAACAGUGGCCUCCAUGACCACCCAGGCCCUUCUCAAGAUUCUAGAAGUUUCGGGAGUACAGGUAGUAUUCAAAUGCCAGUAGUUUCUAGGAAUGCAGAUUCUGAUCCACAGAAAUAUGUUUCCCAGGACUCUGGAGCAAUCAAAAGCUCAGAUCUUUCCCAAGAAUCUGGUAACCAUAAGAAUCCAGACUUUGACCAAACCUCUCAUCUCCACAAGGAAUCAGGAGACUACAAGAGCCUAUGUCUUACUCAAGAUUCUGACCCUCACAAGAAUCUUAGCCUAACAACUGAAGUUAAACAGAGAUUUGGGUUUGCCCAUGUUGUUGGAAUUUGCAGGAAUCCAGAAAAUAGCCAAGAUUCCAAUUUCCACAAGUACCCAGGAGUUCAUCAAAACUGUGAUCCCAGUAAGAAACAAGUCUUUACUCAAGACUCUGACCAGCUCAAGCAUUUAGGUGUUUCCCAGGAAUCCACUCCAAAUCAUGACCACAACCCAAAUGACCUUGCUCAAGGUAUUAAUGGCUCUGUCCAAGUCUCGGGUCCACCUCAGGCCCCCAAAUCAACAGAGUCCUCGAUGAAAUCAUUUGUAUCUAAGGAGGGUUUUCAGAAGGAGAAUGCGGAGCCGCAUGUGUCAUGGAUGUCUAUUCCACCCAAUCAGAAUUCCUGCUCUUCCAAGUCCCACAUGGUACACAAUGACCUGCACACCUACUCAGAGGUACCUGUGCUAGUUGAGUUGCAGCCAACCACCAAGCAAACAGCAAGCCAGGAUUGGGUAUACCACCCUGUGAAUAUAGCUCCUUCAGUCUGCCAGAAUUAUCGCCAGAUGUCUGUGCCUCCCAAACCCAACUGGAAGCCCUACUAUCCUGGGCCAGGCACUCGACUAGGUCAUGUGGUCUUUGAUGCUCGUCAGAGACAGUUUGGAGUGGGCAGGGACAAGUGUGAAGCUUUAUUUCCCAGGCGCUUUCGUCAAGACAUACCCAGUAACUCAGCAGAGUGGGAAUAUCAGUGUGUUAUGAGGAACUUGGACAAAGAGGGGACAAAAAUGCAUCAGGAAUAAAGAAAGAGGAGAGAAAAGUGUUCUGUGGUUGUUUGAGAACAUCC